CUCUCAAGUGAAGUCGCAAGAAAGAGGACGUGCAGUGGACAUGGCAUUUCUGAGGUUACGGUCAAGUUUGGUGCUGGGUGGUCACCGGUGAUGGAAAGGUACAACAUCAGUUCUUCUGAAGGCUUCAUCCUGGUGGGCUUCUCUGACCGGCCCCACCUGGAGCUGGUCCUCUUUGUGGUUGUCCUCACUUUUUAUCUGCUGACACUCCUCGGCAACACGGCCAUCAUCUCGCUGUCGGCUCUGGACCCCCGGCUGCACACGCCGAUGUACUUCUUCUUGGCCAACCUCUCGUUCCUGGACAUGUGCUUCACCACGGGCUCCAUCCCCCAGAUGCUCUACAACCUGUGGGGCCCAGACAAGACCAUCAGCUACCUGGGCUGUGCCAUCCAGCUCUACUUUGUCCUGGCCCUGGGCGGGGUGGAGUGUGUCCUCCUGGCUGUCAUGGCUUAUGACCGCUACGCCGCAGUCUGCAAACCCCUGCACUACACCGUCAUCAUGCACCCGCGCCUCUGUGGUCAGCUGGCUUCAGUGGCAUGGCUGAGCGGCUUUGGCAAUUCCCUCAUAAUGGCCCCCCAGACGUUGAUGCUGCCCCGCUGUGGGCACAGGCGGGUGGACCACUUUCUCUGUGAGAUGCCGGCACUGAUCGGCAUGGCCUGCGUGGACACCAUGCCCCUCGAGGCACUGGCGUUUGCUCUGGCGAUUUUUAUCAUUCUGGCACCGUUCAUUCUCAUCCUCAUCUCCUAUGGUCACAUAGCGCGGGCCGUGUUCAGGAUCAAGUCCGCCGCUGGGCGGAAGAAGGCGCUCAACACCUGCAGCUCCCACCUAACCGUUGUGUCGCUCUUCUACGGUACGAUCAUAUACAUGUACCUCCAGCCAGCAAACACGUACUCCCAGGACCAGGGCAAGUUCCUUACGCUCUUCUACACGAUCGUCACCCCCAGUGUCAACCCCCUGAUCUACACGCUGAGAAACAGAGAUGUGAAGGAGGCCUUGAAGAAGGCGCUUGGGAAGGGGGAUGCAGAAGCGUCGUAAAGAGCGACCAAGUUCGGCAUCGUCUUCUGACCGAUCUUCUACACAUGUCGUUGGACCAGGGAAGUAAAGGGACAUUCUGACGUUGCAGACAGAAGGGACUCAAUGAAGUGGGGAAUUCGGUGCGUUAGAGAGGUCGAGAAAAUGUGGCUUUCCUAGUUGACAGUCCCUUGUGUCCCUCUCAAGUCCCUCUCAGUCAAGCAUGCAGCACUAGAGCGCCAGCCCUGGAUCGGUGGCCUGUGCUUGCAAAAUACCAGCCAUGAACGUAGACACCAGGCAUUCUGUACCUCUGCCGGCUUCUAUCACAGCGAUUUGUACUUAGUAGGUCCUCAAUAUAUGCGAAAAUAAUGCACUUAGAAGUCGUGAAGAAAAGUACUUAUUUUUUCUAGAAAGUUUAAAUGUCCUUUCAUAGUGCCAAAUGCCGGAGUGAGAGGCAAUAUAAGUCGUUCAAUUAUCUCGCUCUCGGUGCCUCCAACACUGUAACACGGAUCAAUAACAUGGGUCCUGCAUAUUUUGAAUCGUUUAUUUAAUUGGGUUAAAUGGUAUUUACGUUUGACUUUCUGAAGCAAUAGAGAAUGAAGAAGAAAGAAUGUAAAGCAACCGUGAAAUAUUUGCUUUACGGAAAAGGAAGAAUUUCGUGCUCGUAUUCAACACUUAAUACUUUAUCGAUGACAAAAGGCUAACAUGCCUUCUUGCUUAAAAUGCUCCAGAAGGAAUGAGUGGCCACCUUAGUAAAGGGACUAAGGAAGUCUUUUUAAACUACAUUAGGAGAGACACCGCACUGGUACAGAGCUGAACUUAACCAAAGCUGUGACACCACAAACUCUGGGUGAGGAGGAAACAGAAGGAUAGAAAUGAGGCAACUAAGAAACCGGUAAAGUCAGCGGGCGGGAGAGGUCGAGGGUUCAAGGAAGUCAGCGGAAACUGAGAGAGAGAUGUUUGAAACUGAGGUCACGAAG